AAUACGGCACCAACUUUCCUGAACUACAUCACUUAUAUUUCUCUAACGGAAGAAAGCGGAAGAGAAAGAAAAAAAAAAAAUCCUAACAUGUCUGGAAGAGGAAAAACCGGAGGAAAAGCCCGCGCUAAGGCCAAGACUCGUAGUUCUCGUGCGGGACUGCAGUUUCCAGUCGGCCGCGUUCAUCGCCUUCUGCGAAAAGGGAACUACGCUGAGCGGGUAGGUGCUGGCGCUCCCGUGUACCUGGCUGCCGUGCUCGAGUACCUCACGGCUGAGAUCCUGGAGUUGGCGGGCAAUGCGGCUAGAGACAAUAAGAAGACCCGCAUUAUCCCUCGUCAUCUUCAGCUCGCUGUUCGCAACGACGAAGAGCUGAACAAACUGCUCGGUGGAGUGACCAUCGCUCAGGGUGGUGUCUUGCCCAACAUCCAGGCCGUGCUUCUGCCCAAGAAGACGGGCCAGGCUCCUCCAAGCUCUGGCAAGGCGGGAAAGAAGGGAUCUUCACAGUCUCAAGAAUAUUAAACAAGGACUCGGACUCUUGACUUGCUAACUGGCUAAAGACAAAAUCCCAAAGGCCCUUUUAAGGGCCACCCAAGUCUUCUGAGAGAGCAAUUUCAAUUGUCCAUAUUCCAUUUCAGUAUGUCUCUGCUUUUCUACGAUACUGAAUAAAUGUGUUUUCUGUAACUUGA